AUGAACUUGGUGUCAGGAAAAAUAUUUGUAGGAGGGCUUUCACAGCAGGUAACAUCUUCAGUUUUGAUGGAAUACUUUUUGCAAUUUGGAAUAAUAUUGGAUGCUGUAGUGAUGUAUGAUAAUGUAAGCGGAAGAAGCAGAGGGUUUGGGUUUGUAACUUUUAAGGAUCCGAAAACUGUUGAGAUUGUUCAGAAUAUUACUCCACAUAUAAUAUUAGGUAAGGUAGUAGACUGCAAAAGAGCUUCACCUAGAAACACUAAUUUGAUGAUGAAAGAAUAUUUUGAAGAUAUUAAAGAAGACGAGAAUAUACAAGAAAAUUAUGAUAAGAACGUUGUUUCAAAGGGAAUUAAGAACAUUAGUAAAAUUUUUGUUGGUGGACUUCCUGAUCUUACUUUGGAAGAAUUUAAAAUUUAUUUCCAAAGAUUCGGCAAUAUUAAGGAUGCUGUACUCAUUACUGAUAAAAACAAUGGCCGUCCUAGAGGCUUUGGUUUUGUGACAUUUGAGAGUGUUGAUGCAGUAAACAAUGUCACAAAAUACUAUAGUAGCCAUUAUUUAAAGGGAAAAUGGGUAGAGUGUAAGAGGGCUUUGCCUAGAGAUGGUAUAUAA